AAGAGUAGCGAAAAUUGCCGAGGAAGAUAGCUUCUUCAAAAAUACGAGUAGCAGAAAAUCGUCAUGGAUGAUGUCGAUCGUCUGUUCGAAUGCUUCAAAUGUGGCGUUACUCCUCCUGAAUCUGCUAUUAGAGAGAGAAAAACAAGUGUGAGUAGACUGAAGCCAGAGAAUUCAAGUGUGAAGGGCACCGACUCACCAAGUUCAGCAAGACAAGGCGAGAAGAAAACUGUGGAUGUAUGUGGGAAAUCAGAAAGUGGUGUGUCAGUGACAAAUAAAACAAACAAACUCAUUGCUGGUAGGCAGCUUUCUCCGGGUGUGUUCUAUGGAUCGCCACAUGGAGUGCCUCCUAAGAGGCCAUCCAGUUUACUCCGAGUAUUGCGUGAAAUACACCUUGAUUUAUCUGAAAGACGUAAAUCCAACUUAAGGAAGCAAAUAUGGGCUACAUUUCCAAAGCAGGAUGAUGCUAUAAAAUUUGCAAAAGAACAAGCCAAUGUUCGCAUAUUCAGCUACCAAGAUCAUUUCAGUGGUCAAAGAAGAUUCCUUGUUUCUACCUAUCAAGAGUUUUGGAGAAGGUACAAGAAUAUGGACUCAAAGUCCCGUCAUCAUUAUGAGGUGAUCCAAGAUGGCUUUCCUUGUCAUCUAUACUUUGAUCUAGAGUUCAAUAGAUUGGAGAAUACAAAUAGAGAUGGUAAUCAAAUGGUCGAUCUUCUUUUGCUGGUCAUAUUUGAGGCAUUACAUGAGAAAUAUCAUAUACAAGGAGAAGAAGAUUGGGUUGUAGAACUCGAUUCCUCCACUGAAGCAAAAUUCUCUCGCCAUUUGGUGCUACGUAUUCCGAAGGCUGCGUUCAAGGAUAAUUCUCAUGCUGGUGCUUUUGUUUCCGAGUUGUUCUCAAGAAUUCAUAAAGCGAAGGAGAAGGAUGAGAGAUUUCACCAACUCUUUAUUUUAAAAGAUUCUAGCUCUGCAGGACCCUCAAUGCAACUAUUUGUGGAUAAUGCUGUAUAUUCAAGAAAUCGUUGUUUCCGCUUAGCUCUAUCAUCAAAAGCCGGAAAGACUUCUUUGCUUCUGCCUACUGGACGAUUCAAGUGUAAGGGCAUGUGUGAAGAAGACGUUUUCAUGGCAUCUUUGAUCUGCAAUAUAGAUGAUGACUGUGAAAAGCUUUUAGUGUGUAAAAUGGAGUUGGACUGUAUCAAAACUCUGCAGUUUGAUACCGAGGUUAAUAUUACUAGUAGGAGACCUUUGAGUGCGCUUCAAGAAUUCACAUCUAAUGCUUGUAGAAAUGAUGCCUCGAGAACUUACCUAAUGGGAGCUUCUCCAUUUCCUGCCCUGGAUGCAUUCAUAGAAUCUGUUGCUUCUUUUGGAGCAGUGACUGGAAAGAUCCGAAGCUGGUAUUGGUUUUCUGAGUACAGUUUGUUGGUCUACAGUAUGUCAAAGAGCAGAUACUGUGGAAGGAUUGGUCGAGAACACAAAAGCAAUCAUGUUAUGUAUGUGGCUGACCUACAGUGGGCUCUUUACUAUCAGAAGUGUUAUGAUCCUGAUUGCCAAGGAUAUCGAUCGCCCUCCCGUCCCAUUCCACUUGAUUUAAUCCCUGAAGUUUCCAGUUUAGAAAACACAGGAGUUAUUGAUGGCUCUGAUAAUAAUAAGGAGCACAUGUUACUUGGUGGUCAUGAAAGCAUGAUAGACGGAGAUAAUGAUGAAAGUUGGUGGCUUGAAGCAGUGAAAGCUGCUGACAAUGUUGAAACUAUGGGAGAUUUAUUUAUCAGUACCACGGAUAAUGAUAAUGAAGAUGACGAGGGAUGGUGGAUGGAAGUUGAGAGGACUGCAUCUCAGGCUGAAUUAAACUGCCACUGUUAAAGACAUGAUAAUCUGUUGCAUUUCUAGAUAUUAACAUGCCUGUCCUAUUGCAAAGACUACUAGUGCCCAGUGCUCACUGUUGGUGUGAGUUCCUGGAGAUUCCUCAGAUAAUAAGGUAAUUAUUACUCCUUCGGUCCUAAACUCAUUUUUAAUCGCAGGAUUGUAUGAAGUUAAAGAAUUAUGGUUAAAAGUAGAACAAAAAAAGUUGAGAAAGAGAAUGAAAGAUUAUUGGGAUGGAGAGAGAAAUGGGAAAAUUAACUAGGAACUGUGAAGAAAAAUUAAAAUACCCCAAGAUAGAAUUUGUGAAGGCAAAUUUGGGGUGGAUGGAGUAAUGAAGUUCCUCACAUUGUAGUUUCUGGAGAAUAGUUGUCUGAGUUUCUGGAGAAGAGUUAUCUGGCUGUCUGGCACAGUCCUUUAGAAAAUAUCCUGAAUUCCCCUAUCUUCUAAAACUAAUUAAGGGGGUGUUUGGUUCAUUAAAUUGGUAUGAACUGGUAUGGAAUUUCAUACUAGAGAGUUAUGGAUUCUAAAACCCAUAAUAGUCUAAAUUUGUUUGGUUUAAAUGUUGAAAUGAACUAUAUGCCUCAUUAAUAGAAUGGAUUGAGAAUAUUAAGGGGAGAGGUGGGUAUGAGAUUCCAUAGGUAUAGGGUAGAGUUAGUCAGUUAGAAACCCCUUGGGUAUGCAAUCCCAUACUUAAAAAAGCUCAACCAAACAAAAAAAAUAGAUGGAAUCGAAACUCAUUCCAAAAACGACCCUGAAGGAAAUGUGUGACUAAACUGCGGCAGUGGCUUCAUAGUGCAACAAAGGAGCUGCAUAGCCAAAAUGUCCUCGUAUAAUUGAAGUUGAAGCUUUUGCAGAUUUUUAGAUGUCCCUUAUUCUUGUAUAGUUAGCAUCUAGGAGACCUCAAGUAGCAGAACAUUAGUCUAAUAGUAUAUCCUAUGUUCUGUAAUUAUUUAACUUUCAGUUUCGAGCCUUUUAGGCCGUAAUAUAUCUGCUGCUCCUUUUCACCAAAAAAAAAAAAAACCUCUGGUAUGCGAUGUAUUGCAG